CACCCUGUAUAGGGUGCCCCACGACGAAUGCCGGUUAUCUAGGUAUAUCACGGAAAGUACACCUCCGAACGCUUUGAAAGUUUAACAAUGGGUGUAUUAUUGCCAGUAAGAGGAAUGCAUCUACAAUUGUUGUAUGAUGCCAACUUGCUUAUUUUAAAUUUAACACCCUAUGUAGAGGGAUUAUUCCUUUUUUAGAUACUAAGUAAAAUUCUAUGUACAAUAAAUUCAUCCAUAGGUACUGUCCUAUACCAAAAUUUAGCCGUUUUUGGACAUGCCAAAAAUGCCCUUUGCGUCCCAAAUCAUAAUUACCAUUAUUUUUUCUAUGUGAGAGUUGUUAUUAUAUAAUUGGGCGGGUUACUUUUUAGUAGGCGUUACGAUUUAGUGAACUGUGGUGAUAUUUUCGUUAUAAAUCAAUACAGGUGCUUCAUACCAACUACAACACAGAAUAGGCACUUUGUAUAAUAUAGUCUUAUUCCAUUUAAAUAUAGGGGGUAUUUAAUAUUUUUUCUAUUGCAAAUAUCAAGUGCGGUUUCAAUCAAAAAUUUAAGUAAAUUUACAUUCUUAAAAAUUAUUUAUAGUGGCAUGUGUCUACCGAGGCGUCUACAGAACUAAGAGUCACUUUUUUAUGGACAGCACUAAUUUUUGGUGAGGUAUUAUCUCGGGUAUUAUUAAAGAAUGAACUUUUUUUUUAAUAUGACUGCUUCUGAUACUUUUGUACUUUCCUGGAAUUGAAGAUAUUUUACGUUACUGGACAUUUGGAAUUUAUUAUUAAUUGCUAGAUGGGCAAUAAAGCGCCUCUUCCUUCCAUGGUUUGGUAGUGAGUUUUUGAAUUGAAACAAUGGCGUUUUCCUCGACUUUUUCCAAUCUCAUUCGGAUAACAUCCUGCAUUGCUUGGUACGUCAUUGAUUGCACGCGUCGAUAUUCGAUAAGUAGUGAAUAAAGAGGCAUGAACCAUAUUAAGUUAUCAUUAACUUCCCGUAUUUUGAACUAAUAAAUAAAGUAGGUACCUACGUUAAAAAAAACAUAAUUGACACUCCCACCUAAUUUUCGUAUUAUUUAAUCAAAAAUAGUUCACUUAUCAGUGUUUGUUUUGUGAGUGGGAUAUUAUUAAAAAGUAGUUUUACUUCAACCGCCCCGUUACAUACGUACAUUAUCGCUGAAUAAUAAUUUGCAAUCCUUUUGCGUACCUUUAAAGAAAGUGUUCACAUGUUUAGGUUAGGAUGGAGAUCGACGUAUACGAAUUAAUCGUUCGUUUUCAAACCGCAAAGCAAAAUUUUAGAAACUCGUGCGUUAAGUAAACAAAAUGUAGCGCCUCCACAUAAUCGAGUGAAGCGAAUUAAAAAGUGUUAUAAACAGACUAUUCCGUCCAUAAGAGAAAUCUCUAUACCUAUAAACUGCGUACUUAAAUGUAAGAGGACUUUGGUUUUUUUUUUCUACAAUUUUCUGUGGUCGGCCUGAAGUCGGCCCGCUUGGCCAUGCAACGUUCUGCUACUCUGCGUGGCGGAAACAAACGAACGGUUGUUGUGUGGUACAAUGGACUCUCUUCAAGAGUUAUUUAGAGGUGAUGAUCAUUGGUCGGCCGGCUCGGGAAGAGAUACAAGAAGUGGCGGUGGUGAUAUUUCCUCGUCGGAAUCUACCACACCACCACCCUCGUUAUCGCAACAGCAGCAGACUCAGAGUUUACUUGAUCAACAGCCUCAACAGCAAAACGAUGAUCGAUCGAGAAAUGCGAAUUCUAUUAGAGCGCAAAUCGAAAUAAUCCCAUGUAAAGUAUGUGGCGAUAAAAGCAGCGGAGUUCAUUAUGGCGUUAUAACUUGCGAAGGAUGCAAAGGAUUCUUUAGAAGAUCUCAAAGCUCGGUUGUGAACUACCAGUGUCCUCGAAAUAAGAACUGUGUUGUUGAUCGAGUCAAUAGGAAUCGCUGCCAAUACUGUCGCCUUCAAAAAUGUCUGCGACUGGGCAUGAGUCGAGACGCGGUAAAGUUUGGGCGAAUGUCAAAAAAACAGAGGGAGAAAGUGGAAGAUGAAGUUCGAUUUCACAGAGCACAGUUAAGGGCGCAAAGCGACUCGGCACCCGACAGUUCCGUUUUCGAACAGCAAACACCAUCUAGUAGCGAUCAAUUACAUUAUAAUGGAGGGUACGCCUACAACAGUGAGGUCGGUACGUACACGCCCACGUACUACACGAAUACGAAUCAAGUACAGGCAAACUCGAUGGGAUACGACAUAUCUGCCGAUUAUGUAGAUAGCACGACAGCGUACGAUCCACGACCGAGCCUGGAUGCGCUAAGCGAUACCGGAAGUCUAAUGGCAAAUGUUGUUACGACGGGGAAUGUUAAUUCGAGUAAUGGUGGAAGUGGUGGUGGUGGUGGUGGUAGUGGAAAACAAACAAUUUCGAUAUCAGACACGCGCGCUUUUAAACGGGUAACACAAACUUCUUCUAAUACGACACUGUCCGGCGGUACAAUGGUAUCUAUUAAACAAGAGGGUGCAACUCAAGAUAAUUUGGUUCCGGGUUACGUUGACAGUACUACGUUUAUUAGUUCACCUAACGUGCAACAGACAAAUGUACGGCAAGGCAAUACUCAAAAUGUCCAACAACGAAGCGGUGAUGAUUGCGAACCUGUGUCAUUACCCAAUCCCAGCCAGAUAUCCGAGUUGCUAGCGAAGACAAUAUCAGACGCACACGCACGCACAUGCCUGUAUUCCCUCGAACAUAUACACGAAAUGUUCCGUAAGCCAAACGACUUAUCAAGAUUGCUGUACUAUAAGAAUAUGGCUCACGAAGAACUUUGGCUCGAAUGUGCUCAAAAACUUACGACAGUAAUUCAGCAAAUAAUCGAAUUUGCGAAGAUGGUGCCUGGGUUUAUGAAACUCUCACAAGACGAUCAAAUCGUACUUCUUAAAGCAGGCAGCUUUGAGUUAGCAAUUUUGCGAAUGUCAAGAUAUUUAGACUUAUCGCAGAAUUGCGUUUUGUAUGGGGAUACAAUGUUGCCACAAGACGCCUUCUUUACAUCAGAUACGGCCGAGAUGAAAUUAGUCACAUGUGUGUUUGAAAUUGCCAAGAGUAUAGCCGAACUUAAAUUAACAGAGACUGAACUUGCUUUAUACUCUGCGUGUGUGCUUUUAUCACCAGAUCGGCCGGGCUUGAAGGGAAUAGGUGAAAUCAGUCGACUUAGUCAGGCAGUUAUACGUGCUUUAAGAAUAGAACUUGAAAAGAAUCAUUCGCUUCCUAUCAAGGGUGAUGUGACUGUUUGUGAUGCCUUGUUGACUAAAAUUCCUACACUAAGAGAAAUAAGUAUGUUACAUAUGGACGCGUUAGGAAAGUUAAAACGAUCCGCUCCUCAUUUAGAAUUUCCAGCACUUCACAAAGAACUUUUUAGUGUAGAUAGUUGAGAAUUUUCAUCUUCUCCUGAACUGUAGAAAGCAGCCUUGCGCAACACGAUUCCUUCAUACUGAAUGUAUCGGCCUUAAUAUAAAAAUAAAUAUAAAUUACGUUAAUAUGAGAAUAAAUUUUAUUGUUGUGACAUAGUAAGUAAAAAUUGCAGAUCUCUCGAGAGUCGUUUAAGAAACUGCGGAGGCUCUAGAACCAGGCCCUGAUUUCAAAGUACAACUGUUUGUUUGUUGUUUGUUAUGCCUAUUCAGUGUGUUGUUAUGUGGUUCUCUGAGUUUUGAAUCCUUGGUGCUGAUUUAUGUUGAUAAACUUGAAUGUCUGCGGUUUCUUAAAAGAAGGAUAAGGAAAAAAAACAUUUUACUAUCGUAAUCUGCCACUUAACAUUAACUAGCUAUACACAUUAAGAGUUAAAUCCAUACACUAUAAAUAUUAUAAAUAUGAAAUAUAUAUAGUUCGCCGUCGUAAAAACUAGCGUAACUGAGCAACUAGCUUUAGACUGUGUCUAUAUACGUAAGUAUACCGAAAUAUAUGAUAACGUCAUUUUAGUUUUAGAUUUCUCAUUAGCUAACAUAUACAACAUAGAAGACUGUAUGCUUAAUAACAAAGUUACGCUAUUUUUUAUAACAGUGCCCUUAGUUAAGUUUUACUUGGUGACACAUGGUUUUAUAAAUAAAAUAUAUAUAUAAAGAGAUGUAUAUGUAUAAAGUAUAUGAGAAUAGAAUAUAGAGUAUUUAUGAAAUAGAAAUAUAUCUAUAUAAAUAUUAUACGAUAUACGUUUUGUUAUGUUCCAAUUUUUCGUCAAAAACUGUAACAAAAUUUGUUUAUUUGUGAUAUAACACUAUUUCGUAUUCGUAAAACUUUUUUACUCGUUCUUUUAUACAACAAUUGUGUCAUAUGAAGCGUACCUGAAAAUUCCAUCAAAAAAAAACUUUGUGAAUUUGAGGCCUCAGGUAAACUUAGAUCUGUAAUUUUUAUCUACUACCUACUAUUAACUAUUUAAGGGAAAAGUUUUCUACAUUUAUUCCAUUCGGUGCUGUAAGCAAAACUAGAGUGACAGAAUUGUUGUAUAACAGCGGAAUGCACUCAUAAAAAAUGCCAGACUAGGUUUAGUUAGAUAUUAGCGCUUCACCGCGUUGGCCAUUGUUAAAAAUUUAUAUACGAGUAGUGUUAGAUGUGUAACCCCGGUGUUGUAAUAUAUCUAUUUUAUGUUAAACGCAAUAUUAUGAACAUCACACGUUAUCAUUUGUAUAAAUAAUGACGGUUCUGUAAAAAUUCACACAUUUUUAGCAAUGGUUGACUCAUAUAUCAUUUUAAUUUUUUGAGGCUAUCGGUUCGUUUGUAUUUAACAACCCAUUUCAGUAGGUACGUUUGGUUGUGUUACAUACAGAAUAACGUUUUACGAUUUGUAGCCUACCCUACGGUUGUUAACUUUUUGUUAAAUAAACUGGAAUAUUUUUUUACGUAGGUACGGUCCAUGUGUUCGUUUUACUGCCAACUACUACUAUUUAGAGAAAAACUGUUCGAUCGAAAAAAGUGCGCGCGCGCGAUUUAAUGAAAAGUUUCCAUUGCUGGCGGUAAGCUACGACUUGUAAAGUAGCCCUAUUUGUAAAUUGAGGGUAUGGUAAGAAGGGUAACGGUAAUGCUAUUGUUAAUCGUUAACUGAUUAAAAUGUUUUAAAAACAUAUUUCAAGUGUACCUUGGGCCACAAAACUGUAUAUUAUAUUAAUUUAUUAGAUUUACACUUUUUUUUAAUUAUUGCUGGCAAAUUUUUUAAAUAGAUGUUGCUAACAUUUGUUUAUAAUUUUUAUUUCUGUGCGUUAUCGGGCGAUCGAUUAUAUUUGAAGCGUUUUGAAAAAUUUACAAAUUUCGUAUCUCAUUCUCCAAAUAUAAUAAAUCGCCUCUUAGAACCAGAAAUUAUAUAUUUUUUGUAAUUAAUUUUUUUAAUUGUAUUUUUAUAAAAUCUUCUGGUAUCCAGUCCUUCUCAUUCGAAUUGCAUUCAAGAGUGCAAUAAAAAUCAUUUUAGAAAUUAUAUUCUGUCAGUACUGUGAUGUUUAAAAAUCUUUGGCAUUGUUCCAAAGGCGAGAGGUAAGAGUUUUUUAAAAUAAAUCCAUCUCUUAAUGCAGA